CACAGUCUUUUUCUUUCCACACCACACAGCCGCAAUCAUGGCCGUCGGAAAGAACAAGAGAUUGUCAAAGGGCAAGAAGGGUCUGAAGAAGAGGACCGAUCCAUUUGCCAGGAAAGACUGGUACUCCGUCAAGGCCCCAUCAACCUUCAACAUCCGCGAUGUCGGAAAGACUCUUGUCAACCGCACCACCGGUCUGAAGAACGCCAACGACGCUCUCAAGGGCCGCAUUUUCGAGGUUUCGCUCGCCGAUCUCCAGAAGGAUGAGGACCACGCUUUCCGCAAGGUCAAGCUGCGCGUCGAUGAGGUCCAGGGCAAGAACUGCCUGACCAACUUCCACGGACUCGACUUCACCUCCGACAAGCUGCGCUCGCUCGUCCGCAAGUGGCAAACCCUGAUCGAGGCCAACGUCGUUGUCAAGACCACCGAUGACUACCUCCUCCGCCUCUUCUGCAUCGCCUUCACCAAGAGACGACCAAACCAGAUCAAGAAGACCACCUACGCCGCCUCGUCGCAAAUCCGCGCAAUCAGGAAGAAGAUGACGGAUAUCAUGCAGCGUGAGGCCCAGGCCUGCACCCUCAGCCAGCUUACCACCAAGCUCAUCCCUGAGGUCAUUGGACGCGAGAUUGAGAAGAGCACACAGGGCAUCUACCCACUCCAGAACGUCCACGUCCGCAAGGUCAAGCUCUUGAAGGCACCCAAGUUCGACCUUGGUAACCUUCUCUCGCUCCACGGCGAGUCAUCCACCGACGACUCUGGCCAGAAGGUUGAGGGCAACAAGGAGUUCAAGGAGACGGUUCUCGAGGAGGUUUAAGCAGCUGGCAAGCUGCCGGAUGGCUGACUUUGGGCGAGACGGUUCACAUUUUGCACGUUGAAGGCGUUCCGAGAGAUGGGCGCUGAGAUGCAAAGCGAAUCUUAGCCUAGCAAAAUCAUUGAAACGUUUCACGCAAUGACUGUCUCUGUCGAAGUGCUGCCGGAAUGGGGUUCGGUCUGUGUCGGAAACGAGAAUCGUCAGCAGAACAGACAUGGCAACAACAUGACGUGACAGCUCAAUCGCAGGAAAUACGAACAGGAUGCCGUAUUUGUAGUAGGCUGUACAGUAGCGGCAUGUGACAACAUAGCGAUAUCCGCCCUAUGUACUGUAUUUUGCGAAUGGAAGACGAAGUCAAGUUCCAUUC